CUGGUUCAUUGGUUGUCUCUCGUGAGACAAAUUGAGAUAUUUAUUUAUACUCUCUUUUAUUUAGACAAAAAUGAGUUUGGAUAUCUAGCAAUGGCCGCAAAUCUGUUAGUCUCUUCUCACUGCCUCAAUACCAAUUCUCUAUCCUCUGUUUCUUCGUUAAACAAUGGAAAAUCCAACAGAGUCUGCAACUAUGCUUCUUUGAUUAGUACCUCCAAACCCAAUUUAAAUGGGUUCAGGGUCAGAGCAAUCAAAGAGAAAACAGAGGAAAUUAGUGCCCCUUCUCCGGAAUCUUCUUCUCCGGAGGAGAUUACAAGAAAGUUUGGCCUAGAAGCUGGUCUCUGGAAGAUAUUCAGCUCCAAAGAGGAAGGAAAGGAGGAAAGCGAAGGAAAGAAAUCAAAGGGAAAUCAAGCCAAGGAGCUCUUGACAAAAUACGGAGGAGCAUAUCUAGCCACUUCCAUUACACUCUCCUUGAUCUCCUUCUCCCUCUGUUAUGCAUUGAUCAGCGCGGGCAUUGACGUCCAAGCUUUGCUGCAGAAGGUAGGAAUUUCCACUAAUGAGACCGGCGAGAAAGUCGGGACGUUUGCGUUGGCGUAUGCUGCACAUAAGGCAGCAUCUCCCAUAAGAUUUCCUCCAACAGUAGCUCUCACGCCCGUUGUUGCUAGAUGGAUUGGAAAGAGAGUCGAUAAAGAGGAAUAAGUUGUAGGAGUGGAUCUCUUGAUUCAUGUUUCAUAUGUAAUAUGUUGCAUCAAGACGUGGUAUAGAGUCACUACUGAUACUAAUACCGAAUAAGUUUAAUAGUGAUAUGAUUAUCUUUCUUCCUUCUA